AUGACGACCUCUUUGCGCAGUGCUUCUGAGCACAUGUUUGCCCAGCGCGAGUCCGACUCCAGGGCCAUUGCAGAUUUUCGAGGGCACCGCAUGCUCCCUGGCCCGGCCGCCGCUGUGCGUGGGGCCCCUGUCGGGCCCAACCUGAAGGCAGGGCUCUGGCGCGGGGCGGAGCUCCUCGCGCAGUACCUCGCCUUCUCGCACGGUGUGCCCGCCUGCCCUGACUGCAGGCCCACGUGUCCGGGGGCCAACCUGACGUGCCCUCCCUGCCCGGUGGCCAACCUGAGCUGCCCCGCCCCGGUGGUGCAGCUUGCGUGCCCCCAGCCGCCGCCCGUCAACCUCUCGUGCCCCGCCGUGUACCCCUUGCGGGCCGAGGGCGACGUCCUCGGCUUCGACGGGGCUUCCGUGGUCGUCGGCGGCAUCACGGGCGCGCUGGGGGCGACAGUUUCGCGGGCUCGUCGUGGCUGCCGCCGCCGCCGCGGGGCUGUCGAGGAGGGCGCGGACUUGGGCGAGCUGGCGCGGGCGCAGGUGGCGCAGGUGAGGUACGAGGUGCCGGGGCCCGAGAUCUUCCAUGAGCGGGUGGUCACGGGUGUCUCCGAGACGGAGCCGUCGCUGGUGGCCAACUACACCAACGACGGCGACCACUACGCCGAGGACGUGAGUCAGCAGAAUGAGGACAUCGCCGAGGUGAGGUGGAUAGCUCGGCCUGGAGACACUCCCGCAGGCGCGGGCCCGCGACGCAUCUACAGGUUCCGCAACCCGCCCGACGCUGCCUUGAUGGAGCAGCUCAAGCGGGACGGAGCCCUCAUGGUCGGGGGCCGCGUCGGGCAGGUGGCGCCAGCCCUGGCGGGAGGCGUCCCCCAGGCCGCGGCGGGAGCACCUGGCGCUGGAGCGGUCGCGGCUCGUGGCCCAGGCAUCGCGGGCGUGGUCGGACGCGCCGUCGCAGCCGCGCCCCCAGUCCCGCCUGGCUCGGUCUGGGUCGCCACGGAGGACUACCACGGCUACGCCAGGGGGCAGCAGCUCCCCGACCCGCUUCCUGACGGGUCGACCAUCGUUGGUGACUGCGCGGUGGUCGAGCUCCCAGCUGGCAAGAUCGCGGCCCGCCUCGUUGCCCGCCGCGACCUGGACAGCUACGCGGUCGACGACCUCAGGGUCAUGCACGUGAAGUUCAACAGCGAUGGGGGUGCGGCGGAGGGCGACCGCUCGGUGCAUGAGCACGAGAUGAUAUGUCGGGUCAUGGAGUCCAUGCUGACGGUGGACCAGCUCAACAUCGGCGCCUUGCAGUCUGCAGAGCUGCUGGCGCGCCGCCUGCAGCUCAUCGAGGACGCUCAUCGGGGGUCGCCCUCGAACCCUGACUACUCGGCGGCCGACCUGUACAUGGGGCUCCAGACUCGGAAGGAUGGUGCUUCAGUCGUGCCAGCUUUCCAGGAGUACGUCGCUGAGGGCCUCAAGGACGAGGUCGCCAUCCAGAAGGAGAAGCGCAAGGCGAAGGAGGAGGCCAAGCUCAGGAAGUCCGGCAAGCAUCCCCCAGGUGGCGCCACCCACGAGGCAAGGGGCUUCGGAGUGCGUCCGCCGCAGGUGAAGGCUGCCCCAAGAGCCAACACCAUGUAUUCACGCCGUGAGGCCGCUCGUGAGUUUUUGGCUACCAACCUCUCGUACACAGGCGAGGAGGCUAAGAGUCCGGUGGUGCGGUAUGACAGAUCUCGAGUAGACAUCCCCAGAGUGGGCUCGUCGGUGCCACGGGUCGAGUCUGUGAUCGACCCAGUCGGGAGGGAGUAUCUGCUGCACUUCGAGGCGCGCAUGCUGCGCUCUGCCGAUGAGUGGGGCAAGAUCGUGGAGACCGAGCCCCCCAUCACCCCGUACAUGGACGAGUACCCGCGGAAGCAUGACGACGCCUACGUGACGUUCGUGAGCGACCUCGUGUCCGCGGGUAUGGUCUCCUUUACCUUCAACCCUAAGGACUUGGUGACGCCGUUCUUUGUCAGUAAGAAGAACGGCCAGCAGCGCUUGGUGUGGGGCGCCCGCAUCCCCAACAGGCGCUUCAAGCACGCGCCGCCGCAGAGCAUGGGCACCUCGGCGGCCUACGGCAGGGUCUGCCUCCAGGACGACGUCGACGGGGCUGGCAGCUUCAAGGAGACGUUGUACUGCGCGCAGGCCGACAUCCGCAACUACUUCUACGCACUCGGUCUGAGGGAGGAGCUCGGACUGUUCUUCUCGCUCCCGCCGGUGCCCGAGGCUAUGUUGUCACAGUGGGGGUGCAGCGCGGUCGACUCGCCCCAGGUGGAGCGCGGGGGCUGGGUCUGGCCCUUCCUCUCCGUGGUUCCGAUGGGAUGGAACUGGGCCUUCUGGCUGGGGCAGCGCUGCAACGUCUUUCGAUGCUUGCAGGCUGCCUCGGUGGGUCCUGAGCGCCUGCUCACGUGCCGGUCUUUGCUCAGCGUCAUGUUCAGUAAUUUGCGAAUGCCAUGGAGCCCGACUGUCGUCGCCAGUGACGCUUGCCUUUCCGGGAUGGCCGUGGCAUCAACCAACCUCCCUGUCUCCAUCGUCUCGUCCAUCGGGAGAGUGAGUGAGAGGUGGCGGUACCGAGUGCCGACGGCCGUGUCUGCGAGGAAGUCUGCUCUAGCGCCCAGCUUCGGGGAAGGCUCCAACGAGGACACGGACGGGGACUCGUACGAGGCCAUCUUCGGGGAGGGCUCCAACGAGGACACCUACGGGGACCCGCACGAGGCUAUCGUCAGGGAGGGCUCCGAGGGGCCCCGCGACUAUGUCAACAUGGAUGUCUUCGGGGAUAUCAGCACUGUCAAGAGCGUCGAGUACCCCCUAGGCUCAGAGGGCCCCUGGGACCUCAAUCCGGACUUCGCCGAGGUCCCACACAGCGUGCUCAGCGAGGAGGCCUGGACCGAAGUGUUCGCGGCCCCGUUCCACGUAUCGGAAAGCAUCACGGUCUUGGAGGGGAGGGCCAUCAACGCGGCCUCUAGGCGCAUCCUCAGGUCCACGAGGGCCUUCAACAAGCGGCACCUGAAGCUCGGGGACAAUCUGGGGACCGUCUUGGCGCCGUCUCGGGGCAGGUGCUCUGCUUUUGGCCUGCUCCUGUGCUGCCGCCGAGAGGCGGCCUACUCCGUCGCAGCCAACGUUCGGUUCGAGAAUCGCUGGAUCCCGUCUGAGCUGAACCACUCGGCUCGGGCGGCGCUCCGCAAGGGGCAGCUGCGGGGGCGGCCUUUCGCGGGGACGUCCCGCGAGGAGCGAUCGGCGAGGCGGACGGCGGCCACAGGGUCCUUCCAGCUGGUGCCCGCGGGCUCGCAGUCGUUCCUGGAGACCAACGCCGUGGCUCCCGACACCCAGAAGACCUACGCGGAGUGCAUGGUCGAGCUCAGGCAAUUUGUCGCCGUGAACGGGCUCUCGCUCGACACCCCCGCGGCGGCCGACCUGGCGCUGACGAACUACGCCAACUUCGCCCGGGCCGAGGGCCUCGACAAGGGCGCGGUCCAGCGGGUCUACGUGGCGUUCGUCUCGGAGCACCCCGACUUUUCCCGGCGCGGUGGGCUGCGCCUCCCGCGGCUGUCGCGGGCGCUGCAGGGAUGGGAGCGGCUCGACCCAGGAGUCAUGCUCACGACCCUCAAGCAGCCAGCGGCCGCCCUGAUGGUGCUCGUCAUGUCCCUGGCCUACCUGCGCCCCUCCGAGGCGGAAGGCCUUCUGGAGCAGGACCUGGUGCCGCCCACGACGUCGUCGCCUUUCUUCGCCGUGAACCUGCGCCCCAGCGACCGCGGCGAGGUGAGCAAAGUCAGGCUGUCCGACGAGUCCCUCCUGCUGGACUCCACGGCGGCGCUGUGGCUCGGGGAGGCGCUCCAGAGCUUGAAGGUGGGGCUGCCCUCUCGGCCGCUAUUCGACCUGGCGGCGCUGCAGCUGCGGGGCGUCUGGGCCGCCGCGCUCCGCGCCCUGGGCAUCCCCAACAGGUUCGUGCUGUGCCAGCUCCGACACGGGGGCUCCUCCCACGACCGGCUCCGACGGCAGCGCUCGCUGCCCGAGAUCAAGGAGCGCGGAAGGUGGGCCUCCGACAAGAGCGUCAGGCGAUACGAGGCCCAUGCCCUCGUCCAGCAGCAGGAGGCCUCGAUGCCCCCCCGCACUGCUCAGGCGGACACGGGAGGCGCCUGGCGAACUCGAAGGGCUGGUGCUGACGAGCCUCGGGCUGCGCGGGUGGCGCAGGCGGCCCGCCAGCGGCCCCGCGGGCCUGCCGAGCAAUGCCCUCCGCGCCGCUUCGGGCCGCCGCCCGGCCUCAGCUCAGGGAUCCCGCCUUUCGCCGAGCUCAUGUGCGGGUCCGCUCACCUCGCGGCCGCCGUCGGCGAGUGCGGGCUUGCUGCCGAGGGCUGGGACUACAUCGACGGGGCUGCGGCCGACCUCGAGGUCCCCGCAGUGAUCGAGGGCUUCCGACAGCGCAUCCGCCAGCGUCGACUGUGCGGCCUGCACUUCGGCCUGGGCUGCAAGACGUGGUCGAGGGCCAGAAAGAAUGACGGCCUUGGGCCGCCUCCGCUACGUAGUGACCAGCAUCUUUUUGGCCUGCCUGCUCUCGCCCCCGCCGACCAGAGGACGAUAGACAGCGCUAAUGUAAUUUUCAGAAACAUCCUAAGCCUGGUCGAGAAGGCUGUCGCCGCCAACCUUUUCGUGCUGAUUGAAAAUCCUGCCUCGUCCAGGCUCUGGAUGACGCCGCAAUUGCUUGAUCUUGCUAAUGCGUACAAGGCAAAGUUCCAUCGUGUGGAUUACUGCCAGUACAACGUGCCGUGGCGGAAAGGGCUCGCCGGGCCGCUGGCCGUGAGGUUGCUCAUCCUCGCCCUGCGCUGCGUGGCGCCCGCCGCCGCCCUGGUCACGGGCCGGAACGUGCUGGGCGUGGUACGGGGCACCCUGGCCGGCAAGGGGGCGCUACGGCGGUUGCUGGUCCAGGCGGCGUCCUUAUGGAUGCCCACGGCGCCCAGAAGUGCCUGA